CAUUUGUGUGAAUGCAGUAUUUAGGACCUUCAUGCCAUGGAAGCACAGCUGGAGCAGGAGACCAGUACACCUCGCCCCCAAUCCCGCCAUUGCUUCAGAUGUACGAGGCGAAGAUUUCGCAUAGCUUUGGCAGUUGCAAUUCUCUUACUUUGUGCGGCUGUUGGCUACGCAGUGUCAUUGGCUUUGAAGGGGCAACCAGUUCACUACUCUGAGGAAGUUGCUGUGAGGAUGGCGCAAUUGGCCGGAGCAGCGUAUUGCUCCCCGUCAUCCUUGAAGGCAUGGAGUUGCGGAAGCAAAUGCUUGACGUCAGUGUCAAUGCCGAAGGUGUGCAUAGGCGCAACUACGCAAGCCUUUGUCGCCAAAUUUGAGGGAGAUGGCAUCAUAAGCUUUGAAGGCACCAAGAGCUACAUGUCGAUGGUUCAAGAUCUCAGAAUCUGGAAGAAUCUUACUGAUUGGCACACUGGUGGUAAAGUCCACGAAGGGUUUUUAACCGAGUGGGAGAGUUUGCGCAGCUGUGUGAUGGAUGCUUUGGUGACCAUUGGCUUCCCCAAAGGAUCUGGGAUCAGAGUCACAGGCCACUCGUUGGGCGGCGCAGUCAGUGUGCUGGCAAUGGUUAGACGACCUCACAAGGACAGCGUCGACGCUCGACACAUUUCACCAGCACAUCGGCCUCACAAACUCCAUUCAUAUAAGGUUGAUUUGGACAGCGGUUGGCAUGUUCGCGAAGCCUACACCUUUGGAAUGCCCAGAGCUGGCGAUGCUAUCUUUGCUCGAAGAUUUGACAGGAAGUUCUUCCAGCGCUUUUUUCGCGUGACUCACCACAUGGACCCGGUGCCACAUGUACCGCCCGAAGACUUUGGUUAUCAACACUUGGCCUCCGAGGUGUUUUAUGAUAGAAAUCUCGGAGGAGGCUUCCGACAAUGCGAGGAGGCUGAAGAUGAAAUGUGUUCUGCCAAAUAUUGGGAUUUACCCCAUGAUCUUUUCCACAUCGAGGACCACAAGGACUACAUGGACCAACAGACUGGUUCAGAAGGAUGUGAAGGACGUGCUUGGAGAGUAAAGUGAUGCCUCAUUUAGACAGACCGUGAGUCAUGCAAAGCAUGGUGAGCAGAUUUCGGGAACGGUGUCAGCUAAUUGCAUGGUCCGGUCCUGUUCGUUUGGGGUCCUUCUUAUGCAAGUUCCCAAUUGGACCUAAGGAUGUCUUUGCG